CCCAGCGCCUUGGAAGAGCUGGAGCGGGAGGCAUCAAUAGUCAACAGGCAGAGAAAGGUGAGGGGAGGUAUGGCAAUGGCAGCGGAGGAAGAGGGGAGGAAAGGCAUCCCGUCUCUCCUCUCCUCCCGGGAGGAGAACAUCGCCUCCAACGUCACCGAGCUCAUAGGUUGGACGCCACUUGUAGAAAUGAAGAACAUUGCUAAGAAAGACGGCAUCAAAGCUAGGCUGGUUGGGAAGAUGGAAGCAUACCAACCCCUUUGCUCGGUUAAGGACAGGAGUGCUCUCCGAAUGAUCGAAGAUGCAGAGGAGAAGGGCUUGAUCUCUCCUGGUGUUACGACACUGAUCGAGCCAACGAGCGGCAAUAUGGGGAUUGGAUUGGUGUUCAUCGCUGUUCAGAAAGGCUACAGGUUUAUCGCUGUCAUGCCCGCAAAAUAUUCACUUGACAAGCAGAUGCUAUUGAGAUUUUUGGGUGCUGAACUGAUAUUAACAGAUCCUGCAACUGGGUUUAAGGGAAUGAUUGGCAAGGUGGAGGAGCUGAUGAAGACUAUACCAAAUUCUCACUGUCUUAAUCAAGUAACCAAUCCAGCAAAUCCAGAUGCGCACUUCAAAUGGACCGGACCUGAGAUAUGGAAGGACACAGCAGGCAAAGUGGAUACGUUUGUCGCCGCUGUUGGUACAGGAGGCACAUUGACAGGUGUAGGUAGGUACCUCAAGAUGAAGAAUCCAUCCAUAAAGAUAGUGUGCGUGGAACCUUCAGAAAGCGCUGUAAUUUCAGGUGGUUCACCAGGGUCACACAAGAUUCAGGGUACAGGGGCAGGUUUCAUACCGGAGGUCCUGGACACAUCGGUCAUCGAUGAGGUCGUGACGGUAAGCACUGAGGAAGCUAUGGCAAUGUCUAGGAGGCUGGCCAAGGAGGAGGGGCUGCUGGUUGGCAUAUCCUCCGGAGCAAACGUAGCUGCCUGUAUGAAGAUUGCAGAGAGAGAAGGGAACGAGAGGAAGAUGAUUGUUACCAUAUUCCCCAGCGCCGGCGAGAGAUACAUGAACUCUGAUCUCUUUGCACUUGUUAGGGAGGAAUGUGACAACAUGAGCUUUUGAUGCAUUGGGCAGCUCUCAUUUGCAUGUAACAGUUCCAGCAAAUGUGCUAUUUUUUUUUCCUUUGUAACAAGUGUCAGCCCAAGGUCUCUUCUUUCUCUUGGUGCUAAGCAGAGCUUGCCUUGUUGACCGAAAGAGAUGGUAUGCCAAUAAAAGCUUGCUAUCUUUUCCGUAGGAUAAUAAUAAUAAUUUAAUACAGGGUCCACUUUACUA